AUGCAAGGUGGAUUUCAGCAUAGAGAUUUUUUGACAGUUUUUAACAUCCCAAUUUCGCUUUGGAUUCAAAAUGGAACCCACUUGUUUCACAAGAAUACUCAAACCUUAAUAGACAAAACAGGUAAGAGGCUUUGUAUUAAGUGCAUUAAAGAAAUGUUUACAAAUAAUCAAAAAUCAAGUACAUAUUUGUCCCAGAUUUGUGAGGAUUUGAUGUUGAUGAUUAAGUGUGAGAGAGGUAAGGGGGUUGUUAGAUUCAUCAUAAAUGAAUUAUUGGCAGAUGAAAGUAAUUUCAUUAUUGAGGAAAUUAAUAAGGUUGAUGAUGAAAUGUUACUAAACAAUCUUAUAAAUUUGAAGUUAACUUUACUCAACAAACAUUUUUCAAUAUCUGAAAAUAUACAGAGACAAAAAUUAAACGAAAAUAUAUUAAAUAUUAUAAUUAAAAAUAUCGAUAAUUUGAAUACAAGAAUGAGAUCAAUGGCGAAAUUAAUAUACAUACUAUUUGAUGAUAGGCUUUCUAUUUAUUCAAAUAGUCUAAUAGAUGGAAUAGUAGAAGACUCAAAGAAUUUAUCAAGGUUUGGAAAAAUUAUUUCAAGAAUGGGAAUGGAGAAUAUUCAAUACUUAAUUCCUGUACUAUUUAAAUUAAUAGAAUGUAAUCCAGAAAAAGUGAUAAGUAAUUUAUUUGCUGAUAAAGGAUUACAUUUAUCUAAAUUACUAUGCGAGGUUUCAGAUAGAAAAAUUUACUUUGAAUAUAUGUUGGAGUUUUAUUUACAUAUAUUAAAUAACUACCCAAGUCACUUUGGUUAUUUAUUAUUAGAUAAAAGCUAUGAAGCAAACUUAAUUAGUAAUAAUAAAGAAGAGUUAUCGUUGAAUAUUUUGAAUGGAAUAGAAAAAAUGACAAUAUCACUAGCAAAAUCCAGUAGAUACUCAAAAACUAAAAAUGAUCAUUUGUCCCGAAACCUGAAUAUUGAUAAAUUUCAAAAUUCAGAAUUUUCAAUUAAUGACUUGGAGUGCAUGCAAAAGCCAGGUUCGAUUCCCAUUGUGGGGAAUUAUUUAAUUAAUAAUAAUUCUAGUAGUGGAAGUAAUAGGUUAGAGGAAGUGGGUGAGCAUGGUGAGAAAGGCUUAAGCAUGAGUAUUGACAAUUUUAGCAAUGGAAACAAUAUUUAUAAUAGCAAUAAUAAUAAUGAUGAAAAAUAUUUAAGUUUUGGAAGAAAUAACAAUAUAGAUAUAAAUGAAUUAGAAAAAAAAAAAGAAUUGGAUGGAAUCAACAUGUUUGACCUAUUAAGGAAGAGAGAAGAAGAUGAUAACAAAUUAAUGAAGAAAUUAAUCGAAUUUUUCAAAGGUUUUAUGCUUUAUAAGAACAAAAUGGGAUUAUAUUGGAGCUCUGGAAAAGAGAAAUUGGAGAUGAUAAAAAUUGAUGAAGAGGAUGAUGAUUUAGACUCAAACAGCCAUCAGUAUUGCCAAAUAAAUGAAUGGACUAUGAAUGGAGAAAGCUUUGAAGUUGUUCAUAAAAUAAUAGAAUGGAUAAUAGAGCUAUUAAGAAAUAGUAUUGAAGUGGACUUGGAUAACUUAGCCUUGGAUUGUAUUCUAGAAAUAUUCACACGAGAAAAAUGUUGUAUUUAUGACGAAGAAAAGCCAGAAACUGAGGAGGAACUUUCAAAUCUUAAUAACAGUUUAAACGAAAAUAAUACUUUAGAUAAUGAUUCAAAUAAAUCGCCUAACCCAGAAUUGAAUAAUGAAAAUAAAUCUGAAGAUUUUAUUUUUAAUGUAAGAUCCUUAAAUAUCAAAUCGAAAAGAGUUACUUUCAAAAGAACUGAAGAAAUUCCGGCAAAAAAAAAAUUAAUUACUUUUAAUGAUGUGGAUAAAAAUAAAUUAUGUGUCAAUGCAUGCAUGCAAGGCGGGGCAAAAAAUGUCAGUGAUACCGGUAAAGAAAAAAAUAAGUCGUGUGGGAAAAUAUGUUUUCAUCAAAUUUUUGUAAUAAAACAUGGGCAAUAUUUGUUGGAUAUAUUUUUAGAGCUUUUUGAUGAUUAUUUAAGAAAGUUUGGACUGAAUUAUAUUAGAAAAAAGAGCGGAAGUAAGCAGAAUUUACCAUUUUAUGACAAGAGCUACAAGUAUAUAAUUGACAAUGAGGAUAAGAUAGAGGAGGUAUUAAAUAAAAUAAUCAAAGGAAUGAGUAAUAUUUCAAAUGGAGUUGCUAUUCAAUCUUUCCCUAGACAGGUAUUUGCAUUAAGCUGGUUUAUGGAUUUUAUUUUAUAUGGUUUUAUGAAUGAGGAAUCUGUAAUCAAAAGAAAACCUCCAGUACCUUUGUAUGGCUCGUCAAGUAUGGAUAUGGUAAUGAAAGCUGCUAAUAUGGAACAACCAUUGGAGUAUGCAUUAUUGAGUAUUUCUGCAAAAUUUAGCGAGGAAAAUAAUCAGAGUAUUGAAAAGGCACAAAAUUCUCAAAAAUUAUCAAUUAAUUAUGUUGAUAAUAACUUAAGUAAAGUGCAAAUACAAAUAGUAAACCAAAUAAUUUCUUUGAUAGAAAAGAUGUGUAGAUGUCUAUAUAGAAAGGGUAAGAGUAACUCAAAGAUGGAAGGAGAAAAAUUUAGUGGAAGCUUUUAUAAAGUGGAUAUUAAAAAGUUAUGGAAACUUAAUGGUACAGUUUACAGCAGGGAUCUACUAUUGGAGUAUUUCUCAAAUAUUCUACAAAUUAUCGAAAGGUUAUCUUGGCUUAAAGGCAUUCAAAUCAUUCAGUUUUUAGAUUCUACAGAUAAAUUAUUUGAAUUUUAUUCUAGAGAAUUAAAAAAUAGAGAGCAGAAUAUGAUUAGUUUGGCCCAGCUAUACCUAAUUCAACAUGUCUUUGAUAACAACUUAAAUUUUGAAUUUGAAAUAAAAGAUACCUGCUUAGAGAAUAAAGAAUCUCAGGCAACUUUUAUAUAUAAUAUUUUUUCUAUUAUACUUCAAAUUGAGAGGAGAAUCCAAGACAAUCUUGAAGAUUUUGAUGAAGUAAAUGAUCAAAUCCUGCAGAAAGCAGCUAAGAAAAUUAAGGUGUUAAUUAAUAAUAAGGUUGGAGCUCAGCUCGUAUUCAAAUGGAUAAAAGAUCCUAAUAUUGGAAAUCAAGAAAUCUAUGGAAUUAAAACAAAUAUAUUAGUAAGAUGGGUAAUCCAUAUUUCUAGACAAUUAUUGCACCCUAUUAUGAGUGAAAAUGAAAUUAGUACCAGAUUGAAGUAUUUAACCAAAGAAAGAAUUAAAGCAGCUUUAUUAUUAGAUGAUUCUGCUUCAAGUGAUACCAUUUCUAUUGUAAUUUCUCUGUUAACUUUUUGUUAUGGUUAUUUUCCAGAUCAAGUUAUUCUUUUCAUUCUAAAAAAUAUUAAUAGAGAAGAAAUCAACGAUAGUGAUUAUCUGGGAAUAUGUGAUAUUUCUGAAGAUAUAAUUCAAAAGAUAAGCAAUUAUGGAAAACCAUCUAAUUUUGGAAACCUUUAUACUGGGAGGAACAUACCAACUAGAGUACUUCUUUAUUAUUCAUCCAUCAUUUUGAAUAAUACUAAUCAAAAUCCUAAGAAUGUUGACUUAUUUCAAGAUUAUUUCUCUCAAAAAGAUAAAAUUGUUACUAAGAUUGUUUCCAUUUUGUUUAAUUCAAAUAUAAGACGUAGAGAAUGGUUACUUUGGCAUUCAAAGGAUUUCGAUAAGAUAGACCUUUUUUCAGAUUCAUUACGUAACCUUAUUCAAGCAAGAGGAGCAAUAGGUAGUUAUCAAGAACAAAAAAAAGUUGAAGAACAAAUUUUUAAGUGGAUUUAUGAUAGAAACAUUGAUUACUCAAGAUAUCAGGUCAGUACAAGACCUUUCUCAAUAACUUGUUUUUACUCGGGAUUGGUUGAUUUUUCAAUUUCUCCUAUUUUAGAAAAAUCUAUAAUGGAAAACAUGUCAUUUAUUAAAUUUGAAAUCAAACAAUUAUUGCAUCUUAGUUCUAUGCAAAUCAAUACAUGUAACGAGUAUGAAGUUGAAGAAUUUAUUCAAAAAUUAAGUAUGCAUUUCAACUUAUUCAUUUUUUCAAUUCAAAGUUAUAUUGAAAGUAAUAACCAAUUUGAAUUUGCUGAUCAACUUACCAUUGAAGAAGCUACUUUACCUUUAAAGUUAUUCUUAAACAUUAAUAAAGAUGACUUUGAUUUUAAGCUCAAAGCAAUUAUUGGUCAUUUAACCUUAAAGUUUAUUUCCGUAUUCUUUAAGCCAAGUUGGAAAAAAACAGCCUUUCAUGAAUUAAGUGGAACAGAUUCUUCCUCUAAAGUAUUUGGCAUUAAGACUUAUAAAAGUCUCGAUAACUUUGGUGAAAGUUCUACCAAAAAAGACUCAAGUAUACUAUUUAUGUUGGUAAAUUUAAUAGAUGAAUUAACUAGGUGGAUGAAUGAUAUUUUCAAUAUAAAUAAUAUUGAAAACUUUGAUAUAUCUGGUUAUUUAGAAACGCUUUCAAGCUUACUUCUGGAACUUGGACUUAAAGAUAACACUUUUUCUGAUUGUAUGGAAAUUGGAGCUGGAGGUGAAAAAACAAAAUUACUUAGACUCAAGGUGAGGCAGUCUUUGAUCAAUUUGGUCCAAAGUGACUCUAUGGCUUCUUUAGUUGAGAAGAUUUUAAACUAUAUUAUUAUUUGCAGAAGAAAAGGUAACAAUUUGGAUGCAAAUAAAUUAAGUCAUUUAAUGGUUAUCUUAAUAUUGUUAUUUUCCUUGUUUUUAAGUAAGAUUCAAAUAUUCAGAAGUAAUGGCCAACUAGAGAGUAUUAUUGAUUCUUUUUUAGCACACCCAACUUUGCUUUUCCAUGCUGAAAAAAGUUCAAAAUGCGAAUUUAGUACCUUUUUUUCGUCUGAAUGUGAUAAUUGGUUUGGAAAUCUCAUUAAAUUGAGUAAAACUAUCACUACAUGCGAUUUUUGCCUUAGUUUUGGGCUCAAUCACAACAUGGAGGAAAUUAAACUUUCAACAAUUGUUUCUCUCAUUGUAGUACUAAUACGUCCAAACCAGGUUAUUAAUGGAAUAAUAUCAAAGAAUAAUUUGAUUAAAGAUGUAUUUCUACAAAGUAUUUCAGGAAUUUUAAAUACAAACCAUAAAGUUUCAUCUUUAAGUCAUGGAUAUAUGGCUAUUAUAUUAGCAUCGAUAUAUUUAAGUUGUGACCAGAUUCAAUCACUAAGCCUUGUACAUAAUUUGUACAUUCAAAAGUUUCUUGUGAAAGAGUUUGUUUCUAGCAUAUUAAACUUUGACAAAAAUCCCAUGGAAAACCUAAAUCUUUCUCCAUGUAUUAUAUUUCACUAUUCCAUUUUAUUUUCUUAUUUGGUAUUUAUCUUGAAGAUUACUCCUUGGUGGUUUAAUAUUUCUGAUUUGCUCAAUUUGACGUUUGUAAAUAGACUUGGGAAGAUUUAUAAAUCAUUACAAGCUUUGGCAAUCAUUUAUAAUGAUGAAAACGAUAUAAUUGGAGAGUAUUUGCUCAGUUUGACAGAAAUUCUAUUAAAAAUCUUACUGGAAACAGCAAAGGGACAAUCUAAUUUUUCAUCUACUUAUAUCCAAGAUGAAAAGAAAAGUGGUACAGGAAGUAACGGAGUAAUUAUUAAAUUAAUUCAGGAAACUUUAAAAAACCAAGAGAACGAAAACAUUCAGGAUUAUAAUAUAACUUUGGUAAGAGAGCACACAAGUACUAGAGAUGGGAAUAAUAUUAAAAAUAUUUUUAAUUGUGAGAAUAAUGAAAGAUCUGGAUGUUUUAUAUGUGGUUUGGGAUAUCAAUUCAGACCUUUUGAGACUAAUGAUAGCUUAAUCAAUAACUUUUUCAUUAAUCAAGUAUUAAAGUUUUCAACUAUGGAGAUAUUCAAAAGAAUAAUUGAAAAUUAA